CGAUAUUCACUGUAGAUUCUAGCUAGCUAGCUACCGGUAGCUAAUAGUAUAUAGCUAACAAACUUAGUAGAGAAUGAAUCAUUGACUCUAAGAGAAAGAAAAGGCUUGCUGGCUUGGGAUCAGAAAUACUGCAAUUUCGCAUCAAUUAUCAAGAAGCAGCGAAUUGAUUGACUCCUAGACUACUGAGGCAAGAUGUCCACCUCCACCUCUACUCCUCAGAGCAGUGGAGGUGUCAGUCCAGCCGUGACGGUUGGUGUACCUAUUCUCAUUAUCGUAGUCACAGUGGUUGUAAUCCUUCUCCUGGUGUUGGCUUUCCUGUAUUAUAGAUCAAGACAUACACAACAAGACCUUGAUUCCAAGGGUGUCUAUGCUCCCUUGCCAUUGCAAGAAGACUCAGGUUCUGCUCCAGCGCAUUUACCACCAAAGACAAUACCAUACGGUUCUCCCCCCACCAUCUCAUUGGCUGAUCCUCCGAACCCAAGCAUGCAGUUCACCAUGGCAACACAGCUAACGGAUGCAUCAAAGACGGGGCAACGCUAUCCGUUCAACGAGCAGCAUAGACAACCUGAGAGUAGGUCCCUUCGCCCCACCAAGCAGCGCACCAAGAAGAGGACCAACCAACAACAUGAUGUCCUCAAGUCAGGAUCUGUUGAUUCCUCAGAUGUCUCCGAUCACUCGAGUAGUAGUAGGUCAGAGGUCAGGCAGAGGUCCAAGCGGUUGGCUACUUCAGCGUCUCCAUCAGAUCAAGAGGAGGCCAUCUCCCCAGCUGAGAUAUACCUUACCCUGGCAUAUAAGGAAGAUUCCUCCCAGUUUGUGGUGAACGUGGAUCGUGUUAUAUCCCUGCCUCCACGGCCGGAUGGUACAGCAGUGGACUCUUAUGUCAGACUAUUUGUGAUACCUAAACUAGCAAACUUGUCUCAGAGAAAGACAGCCAGCACACAGAUACAGAAGAACCAGUUAUCACCUUUAUUUAAUGAGGAUAUUUGCUAUGACUCCAUGUCCAGAGAGGAGCUCAUUAACUCCUCCCUCCAUGUCGAUGUGUUGGACAAUCUGCCUCACGGGAAGCAUCAGAUACUAGGCCACUCUCUGGUAUCACUGGCCAAUGUCACCUUUGAGGAAGGAGAGGCGCCUAUGAGACUAACACUGAGCCCCCCUGAGGUGCGAGAGAGCCGUGGCAGUGUGAACUUGUCCAUUAGCUACAAUCCUGACACCAAGCGAUUGAGUGUGAUCAUCCUGAGAGCCAAGGAUCUCAACCGUGGACACUACAAGGAAACAGAGCCUCAGGCAAGGUUGACUGUGACUCAAGGUGGGGAGAGAGUAUUAGCGAAGCUCAAGACACGGAGGAAGCCACAGAGCUGUGCUCCUAUCUUCAACGAGGUGCUCAACUGCUCAGUGGACCCUAACAAGAUAUCAGGAGUUGCUGUAAAUGUCGACAUUUCUAACGAACACAAACAAGCACGUUCUCGUGCACUAGGUCAGGUGACUCUGUGCGGCCAAUCAGCUGGAGAGGAGUUCCGACAUUGGAGUGAUGUCAUGGCAGCCCCGGGGAAACCCAUAGCAGAGUGGCAUGAACUGAGAUAAACUCAUGCAUUAAUCGUGUGUGUGUGUGGGGGGGGUGAGUGGGCGUGUGUGUGUGAGUGUAUAGGUGUGCUAGACUGGCUUAUUUAAGGCAUCCUUUUUAUUCAUUAAUUACAUUGUUUUUUGUGUGUAAAUGAAGUCAAAGUUUAUUACAGCAAAUAA